AUGGCUGACUUUGUUGGUGUACAACAACCGCCGACAAAAAAGUUUCGUUCGGGUACAAAUUCAAACGAAUCAGAUUUUGAUUAUAAAAUGAUUUCACAAUAUGAUACACCCGAUACAAAUAAUACUCAAGAUCUAUUCGAUAUUGGAAAUGAUUUCAAUGAUACACUUGAGAAUACCCAACAACAAACAUCAGUGUCAAUACAACCAACAGUACCAUCAUCUUCAAGUCCAAUAUUAAAUCAACAACAAUCAGCAACUAUUUAUCAACAACAACAACAAACACAACCUCGACUUACUUAUAUAUCACAAACACGACCACAAUUAUCAACAUAUCAAACACCAAAUCUACAACGUAUACAAACAAUGGCACCAACACCAACAAUUAUUCGACCAUCAAAUGUUAUAUCAAAUGGUAUACAACAACAGCAAUCAACAAUUUAUACUCCACAACAAAUGAUUAAUUCAUCAGGUGGAUUGAAUCGACCAUUAUAUCAACGUAUGCCAACAACAAUACAACAACCAAAUAUGCCAUCAACAAUUAUUCGACAACAAUACAAUACAACAGGAAUGAUCAAUAUAAAUCAAAAUGUACCACAAAUGAGUAUUGUUAAAACAAGUGAUCCAAAUAAUAAUAAUGUAUUUGUUACAAAUUCUCAACAACAACAACAGUCGACAUUGCUCGGUUUUCAACAAACAGUGACACAAACACCAACAGUUCAAACAAAUAAAACAAUAUCGACUGUUUUACCUUCAAUAACAUCACAACAAUUAAAUCAAUUUCAAAUUCAACAACAACAGGUGCAGCAGCAACAACAACAAAUUCAUAUGCAACAACAAAAUAAUGUUCAAUCCUAUGGUACAAUACCAAUAAGAACUCAAAUGUUGGAUCAAACACCAACAAAUUAUAUUGUAACUACUCAACAACAACAACAACUGCAGCAGCAGCAGCAGCAGCAGCAGCAACAACAACAACAGUCAACUAAUAUGCUUGUUCAACAAUCUCAGCAAGCAACUAAUAAUCCAUCACAACAUACAGAAAUUCAACGAAAACAAUUUAUUCAAAAACAACUUGUUUUACUAUUACAUGCACAUAAAUGUCAACAACGUGAGAAACAAACAAUUAAUGGCGAAACAGCACGUCCAAAUACUUGUGCAUUACCACAUUGUAAUACAAUGAAAACGGUUCUACAACAUAUGACAAAAUGUAAUGAUCAUAAAACAUGUACUGUACCACAUUGUGUUACAUCUCGACAAAUUAUUUUACAUUGGAAACAAUGUAAUAAUCCUCAAUGUCCAAUUUGUCAACCACUCAAAGCACCAUCAGCAUUAGCAAAAUUAAAUCAACAAACAGCAACAACACUAUCAACAGCAACGAUAGCAAAUUCAACAGGAAUAUCUUCGACUAAUCUUAAUACAAAUUCUACAUCAAAUUCGAAUGAACGACCAAUAAAUAAAGAUUGGCAAAGACGUGUUACAGCCGAAAUGCGUAAUCAUCUUGUACAAAAAAUCAUAACUGCACUUAUACCUAUAACUGAUACAGGAGCUGUACGUGAUAAACGUAUUAUUAAUUUAGCUAAUUAUGCUCGACGUGUUGAAAAUGAAACAUUUGAAGUUGCAACUAAUCAAGAAGAAUAUUUUCAUAAAUUAGCUGAAAAAAUUUAUAAAAUUCAAAAAGAAUUAGAAGAUCGUCGAGAGAAAAAACGUUUACAAGAUAUGCAAUUAGCAGCACAAAUAUCUUCAACAACAGGACAAAUAUCAUCUACAAAUGAUUAUAAUGGUAAAAUACAUUCAACUAUUGAUGCAAUGGCCGGUGAUCAUGGUCCACCAAAUCGUACAGCACCUCCAAGUGAUUAUGCAUCAUCAUCAUCAUCAUCUUCAUUACCUGAAAAUGUACUUCAUCAUCCAUUAACAACAGUAACAAAUUCUAAUCGAACACAAUUAAAUGGUACAACAAAUUCGAUACCUGGAACAUUUACAAUAACAAACGUACCACCAAAUGAAAAUUUAAAUUAUCUAUUAAAUGGUGAUCCAACAACUACAACUCAACCACAUGAUAUUGAUAUGAUCGAUGCAACAAAUCAAAUAAAAGCUGAAUUAAUGUCACCGAAAAAUUCUUUUCAAUCAUCGACAUACUCAGUGAUUAAAAAAGAAGAAACGAUAAAUAAUGAUCUUUUACAUUCAACAGUUAUGAUUAAAUCUGAAGCAACCAUUAGUGAAGAUAUUAAACCUAAAUUACCACAAAUUGAUUCAACUAGUAAACAGUUACCUAAACAUCCAGUACAAUUUACAUCUGAAGAAUUACGUACAAAUCUUGAACCAGUUAUACAUAAAAUGAUUGCUUGUGAAGAAUCACAUCCAUUUCGUCAACCUGUUGAUCCUGUUGCAUUGAAUAUACUUGAUUAUCCAACAUUUAUUAAACAUCCAAUGGAUAUAUCAACAAUGCAUAAUAAAUUAUUACAAGGUCAAUAUAAAAAUCCAUUACAAUUUUGUGAUGAUGCUUGGUUAAUGUUCAAUAAUGCUUGGCUUUACAAUAAGAAAACAACUAAAGUUUAUAAAAUGUGUACAAAACUUUCUGAAGUAUUUUCGGAUGCAAUUGAUUCUGUAAUGCAAGCAUUAGGAUAUUGUUGUGGUCGUCAAUAUGUUUACUUACCACAAGUCAUGUUUUGUUAUGGUAAUCAACUAUGUUGUCAAAUUCCACGUGAUGGUAAUUAUUAUUAUUAUAACAAUCCGGAACCGUCUCGUUUUAAUUUAUCCGGUGAUAAAUAUACAUUUUGUUCAAAAUGUUUUGAUUCAGUUAAAAAUGAAUCAAUCUAUGUCGGUGAUGAUCCAGCUCAAACAUUAGUUGAAUUACCAAAAAAUUUAUUUAUCGCAGCUAAAAAUGAUAUUCAAGAACCAGAAGCCAUAGUUGAUUGUAUUGUUUGUACACGUCGUUGGCAUCAAGUAUGUGCAUUACAUAUAGAUCAAAUAUGGCCAGAAGGUUUCAUAUGUAAAACAUGUAUAACUGAUUAUAAUAUAAAACGUAAAGAUAAUCGUUUUACAUCGUUUAAAUUAAUUGAAACAGAUUUAGCACGCGUAUUAGAAAAACGUGUUAAUGAUUUUUUACGCAAUGAAGGUUGUCAAACUGGCCGUGUAUCAAUACGUAUAUUAGCUGCGAGUGAUAAAGUAUGUGAAGUAAAACCACGUUUAAAAAAAUAUUAUCAAAAUCAAGUACCAGACGGUUAUCCAUAUCGAACAAAAGCUGUAUUUGCAUUUCAAGAAAUUGAAGGUGCUGAUGUAGUCUUAUUUGGUAUGCAUGUACAAGAAUAUGAUGGCCGUUGUCAUGCACCAAAUACUCGACGUGUUUAUGUAUCAUAUUUGGAUUCAGUACAUUUUUUUCGACCGAAACAAUAUCGUACAGAUGUUUAUCAUGAAAUAUUAAUUGGAUAUUUGGAUUAUGCAAAAAAACUUGGUUAUGUAUAUGCACAUAUAUGGGCUUGUCCACCAAGUGAAGGAGAUGAUUAUAUAUUUCAUUGUCAUCCCUAUGAACAACGUGUACCAAAACCAAAGCGUUUACAAGAUUGGUAUAAAAAAAUGUUAGAUAGAGCAAUUUUAGAACGCGUUGUUAUUGAUUAUAAAGAUAUUAUGAAAGAUUGUCAAGAUAAUCAAGUACAAAAUGCAUUGAAUAUUCCAUAUUUUGAAGGUGAUUUUUGGUCGAAUAUUAUAGAAGAAAGUAUUAAAGAACUUGAUCAAGAAGAAGAAGAUCGAAGGAAACAAGAAAUGGAAGCAGCAAGAGCGAUAGAUGAUGGAGGUUUUGAUGAUCCUAUCGAACCUGAAGAUCCAACAGAUAUGUCGGAUAAACGUAAAUCUGCUAAUACGCAUAAGAAGAAAAAUUUGAAGAAAACAACAGCUAGUCAAAGAAAAGUGGCAAAGAAACAAAUGUCAAAUUGUACGGAUUUAUUGUCAAAAAUAUUUUCUACAAUGGAAAAACAUAAAGAAGCAUUCUUUGUUAUUCGUUUACGUAAUCCUAUUGCAUCAUGUCCAGCUGUAAAUGAUACUGAUGUUUUAAUUCAAUGUGAUUUAAUGGAUACACGUGAUGCUUUUCUAAAUUUUGCUCGUGAUAAACAUUAUGAAUUUUCUUCGUUACGUCGUGCAAAAUUUUCUACUCUGGCAUUAUUAUAUGAAUUACAUACAUCCACAACAGAUAAAUUUACUUAUAAUUGUAAUACAUGCCGUCAACAAUGUGACGUACGUUAUCAUUGUACAGUAUGUGAUGAUUUUGAUUUAUGUUCGAAAUGUUAUAAUACUGAACCGCGACAUGAACAUAAAAUGGAACGUUCAGUACCAUCUAUAGUUGAUGUUAGUCAUGAUGGUGAUCAUAAUGCAUUAAAUAGUAAUGAUAAAUCUUUAGCAAGUCCACAAUUACAGCGACAACAAUCGAUGCAACGUUGUAUUGAAGCAUUAUUACAUGCUGUUAAUUGUCGUAAUGCUAAUUGUCUUAAUCGUAGUUGUUCACGUUAUAAACGUGUUAUACAACAUACAAAAGAAUGCAAAGGAAAAAAUAGUCAAUGUAAUAUAUGCAAACAAGUUAUAUUUCUUUGUUGGUAUCAUGCGAAAAGUUGUAUGGAACAAAAUUGUCAAGUACCAUUUUGUACGAAUUUAAAAACUAAAAUACAAAAACAACGUGCAACUAGCUUGCAAACAGAUAGACGUCGUAUGCAAGCUAUGAUGCAACAAAGAACGAACACAAUGCAAACAUCACAGCAAACGCAACAACAGUCACAACCAGUAUCAACUAGCACAUCUAUACCAUCGAAUUCGUUUGAUUCAUCUGGUAAACCAGCACCAGUCACAUUAAUCCGUGCACCACAACAAGGUGUAUGGCCAAAUCAAACAUUUAUAACAGUAGCACAAAAACCAAAUACUGGUAAACCAAUACAACAAACAUCCAAUCAAUUAAGUGUAUUAAUUGGACGUGUUAAACAAGAUCCAUCUAUAGAUGAUCAACAACAACAACAACAACGUUCAGAUAUCAAUGAUUCCAAACAACUAAUCUAUCAAUCACUAAUGAAUAAAACUCCUGUAAAUCGUUUGCCAUCAUCAUCAGCAACAACAACAACCACAACAUUUAUUCAACAAGCAAAUCAACCACAACAAUGGCAUACGUCAGUCUCACAAUCACAAUUGAAUCAACCUCCUAAUUAUACUACGGCAACACGUCCUCGACAUCCAACUAUAAUUCAACAACAAGGAUCAAAUCAUCCAACAUCACAUACACUACUAGCACCAUUAAGAGCAAAUUCUUCAACACCGCCGCCACCAACUUAUUUGGCACGAACAGGUUCAACACCAAAUCUAACACGAAUACCAUUAAAUGUAACAUUAACAAGACCAUCUCAAUUUUCAUCUCAACAACAACAACCACAAGAUCCAUCUCCACGCUAA